AUGGCUUCCGCAAGAAGACGAGCUCCAUGCGUAUUAUCGGCCUGGUCAAUCAUCUCGCUGAUCGUCGUGCACGCUGAGUCGAGCGACAGCCCAGCAGGAAGAUUAUCGGCUGAUGAGGAUGUCUUGCUGCAGUUCCGGAAGGAGCUGUACAUCACGGCCAGCAAUAGGAAACAACUGGAUGAAAACUAUGACAUCACGCUGAGACCAUGCGAAAGUUGGCGCGGCAUACAAUGUAGAAACUCGAGCGUGAUUGCCAUUUACAAUACACAGAAGAUGGUUCUGAGCGGUUCUGUGCCCGCUGUGCUUGGAUCUCUGCCGAAUCUCACUCGACUAAGCAUUCCAGGCAUGGGUUUCUCAGGCUCCAUAACCGACGCCUUGUUCAACUCCAGCAAUCUGGAGGUGAUAGACUUGAGCAGUAACAAUCUCACGGGCCCUAUUCCAGCCUCCAUUGGCAAGCUGCGAAAGUUAAAUGUUCUGUACUUGGUGAACAAUCAACUCAACGGGACUUUGAAGCCACUGUCUGGCCUUGCGGCCGCCGAGAACUUUGCUUCCCUCUAUUUAGAGAACAAUCAGCUCGAAGGGGAUUUGAGCCCCCUCGAAAAUCUCACGUCUCUGGUCGUGGUGAAGCUGAGCUUCAACCGAUUAACAGGUGACGUGAGUUAUCUCCAAAAUCUGACCAAGUUGCAAUCACUGCAGGUGCAAGGAAAUCAGCUAUCUGGGAAUUUGUCCGCUCUUGCAAAUCUGCAGACCGUCCAGGCGCCGAGCCAACCAACACAGUUGUUGAAGCUGGAUCUGGCGUCCAACCAGCUGACGGGGGACGUCCCAAACUUUUUCUUCUCCGAGCAAUCAAGGCUGUAUGAGUUGUUGCUGGGGAAUAACGAUCUGACCGGUUCGCUGGAUCCAGAAGGCUCGAGCACUGAUUCUUCUGCUCUAGAAAUUCUCGAGCUGCACAACAACCACCUCUCCGGGUCCUUGGGCGCAGGAGUGCUGAACUUUACUAGACUCAAGAGCCUCAAGGUGAGUAACAAUUCCCUGACUGGGGAGUGUUUCAGUGGCUUCAAGAAGAGCACUAUCAUGACCGACAUGGAUUUGUCCCACAACAUUCUGACUGGAAGGAUUCCCGAGACUCUGUUCCGAAUGCCCGCUGUAAAAGCUGAUUUGUCCUACAACAAUUUCAGCGGGCCCUUACCCGAGAAUGCCGAUGACUAUGUGGAUCAAGAUAACAUCAAUCUCGCUGGCAAUCCACUUUUGUGCACUACUACAGCUGAAGACUUCAACCUGAAAUUAUGUGGAGGAGUCUACUCACCCCAACCUAUAAGGGCACCGCCAACUACACGGGCUCCCUCGCCAGUGCUACUAAUCGGCCUGGCGGGGGGAAUUUCGAGCUUCUGCCUGCUAAUGGUGUGUGUAUGUCUCGGAGUUUGCCUGCGCUACAGAGGCAAGCGGCGAUCAUCAAGCGUCCAAGACAAUCAGCAUCCGAGCUUCCAGCUGGUCAUGGCGGUUCAGGGAGGAGGGAACUCCAUCCGCCACCGGACGAUGAAGGAGCUCCGCGAGGCCACAAACAACUUCUCCGCCGCCAACAUGAUCGGGUCGGGAAGAUUCGGAAGCGUGUACAGAGGAAUUCUAGACGGCGAAGUGGUGGCCAUCAAGAACAGUGAGAGGGUCCACACGCUCGAGGCCCAGAAGCAAGUGCUGAACGAGAUCACGGUCCUCUCGCAGGUGCGCCAUCGGCACCUCGUAGCUCUGCAAGGAUGCUGCCUGACCACCAAUGCCGCCAUGCUGGUCAUGGAGUACGUCCCGUUGGGGAGCCUGGCCAGCAAUCUGCAGGCCCCCAAGAGGGAGAAUCUCACAUGGCCUGUUCGCUUCAAGAUCUGCCUCCAGGUAGCGGAGGCGCUCAACUAUCUGCACAAUGCAGCCCAGCUUCCGAUCUAUCACCACGACGUGAAAUGCGCCAACAUUCUGCUCGACAACAAUUUCGACGCCAAGGUCGCCGACUUCGGACUCUCCAAGCUCGUCCCCGAGCACGAAAACCAUCUCCACAUGCACCCGGACGUGCAGGGUGCGCAGCAUCGCACGGCCAAGAGCGAUGUCUACGGCUUCGGGGUAGUUCUGCUCGAGCUACUGAUGGGCAGACCCGUCGAAGAGCUCGACUUCCGAGGAAAUGGGCUGUCCCAAUUGUCGGCUAUAGUGAAGGACGAAGAGAGCUUCAUGGCCCAUCUCGAUCCCUUGCUGCUCGAGGAGGCGGUGUACCAGGACGAUCUGAGAGCCGGCGCUCUGGCGCUUGCGGACGUCGCCAUCCAAUGCCUCCAGACCUCGCCUGCCGAUCGGCCUUCCAUGAGGAAAAUUGUGGCAUUCCUGUCAAAUCUUCACGGAUUUAGCUCGAGCCGCAAAACCACGCCCAGCUCGAGCCGUUCUGGAGUUCCGAAUACAGGCGAUCCUGCACUCGCACUCACUGCCGAGUACUUGAAAGCUUUGGACAGGACAAGGAAUGGAUCUCAAUCUGCGCACGACUCGCUGGCGUGGGGUCCCAAAAUUCUGACGUCCGAACACUUGCGCGCUUUGGAUAGACAGAAGACUCGACCUCGACCUUCUUACACGCCCAGCACCCUGUCCUCCCCAGGAACUGCUGCGUUGUCCGGCUCUCACUCUCGCUCCCGCGGGCUGGAUUCCGAUCAAAGCAGCCGGGAGAGUCUUGCAAUUUCCCCUGUGCAUGCAAAUUCCAGUUCGCGCUCGUCGCCGAGAUCCGAGUCCAUUUGGAUGCCUCAUUCCGCAGCGCUAAGCAGCGCCAAGGCUGCCACAGCGCCUUCAUCUGGCCACGGCGUUGUUUCGAGGUCUUCAUCGCGGAAAGCUGCCUCACUAUCCCAGGCGCUGGAGUCUGACUUUCGAGCUGUCGUCCCCUCGCCUGUGAGCACCAUGGACAGUCAGGAACUCUCGUUGAAGUCGCACUCUGCUCCGGAUUCCUCUUCCCCGGAGCAUACUGGUGCGCAUUUCUCUCCAGAGAGGCGCUCUGCGGGGUCGGCAGCAUCCGUGCCAAGCGUGGGUCGUCAACCGUAUGGAUGGAGAUGGCACACGAGUUCUCCAGCUCAUAGUAUUGCUCUAUGGGGUGCUCAUCACCCAGGGCUGGAGUUUGAUGAUCAAACUGAAGGUUCUGAGGAUCUGUCUGUCAAGUCUUUCACUUCGGUUGUGGCUGGAACGGAAGUGAUUAAGGGGCCUCAAUCUGGACACAAAUCCGACACAAGGCUACCAGUGGAGACUGCUAGGGUAUCCGGGUCUAGUAUUCAGACAAUCAAUUCUGAGAAUCGAGCUGAAGUCCCCUCCGAUGCCAGCGGAGUGGAGGAGUACUCAAGAGCCUCUUCGGAGCCAAUGUCUCAGACUCGCCACCCAUCGAAGCCAUCUUCCGACUGCCAUUCAAGAACAUCCACAAGAUCCUCUCCCACUCAUGAGAUAGAGGAGGUCGUUGCUGAUGAUUACCAUGCCAAGGGUAUGACGAAGCCUAAGCGUCUGACGUUCACAACCUCUCGCUCACGGAGCAAAAAAUCCUCCAUCCUUUAUGAGACUCGUUAUUAG